GCAUGUGAAGGACCAGAGAAAGACUGCGGACUUCACCACAUCCUCCCUAAUAACAACAACAACAACAACAACAAAAGAAUAAUCCACAGAGGAUUUAAAAAAAAAUCCUUGGGAAUUUUUCAACCAUAGACUCAUCCUCGGUCAGUUCACCGACUGAUACGUCAUCGUUUUUCCUUCUUUCUUCUUGAUAAUGGAAAUUUGGAGACUGCUGGCUGUCAUCAUCAGCGUCAGUGUCCUCGCAUGCAGCGCUCAUGGGAUGUCUUUUAGUCUUGACAAGGAACACUGGAUUUCUAAGAACUGGGAGGACAAACCUCUAGUGGACACACUAGCGAGUGAAGUGGCCAGUCUAAUAAAGAGAUCCAAAGCUCACCAGUUCUACGGUCUGAUGGGAAAACGUACUGAUAUUCCUGAGCGUAUGAGACUGGGACAGAAAAGAAAUAAAGGAGAGAAGUUUGUGGGACUCAUGGGCAGAUCGUUAAGAGGAGAUUUGCAAGAGGAAUGGGACAAUCCUUGAGAUUACUGACGUGUGAGCGUUUUCAUAUUUAGAAGAUAUCAGAGGCAUCAUUUUCUGUGAAAUAAACACACCAAAAAAGUCUUGAUGUUCUUAUGUAACACAAGAAAAAAUAUAAAAGUAAAGGUAUGAAAA